GAUUUUAGCUGAAACAGAACAGCUUCAGAGAAACCCGGACUUCAUUCAUUCCGCUGUUUCCCAACUCCAACAUGCUACCGGAGUCUUCCGCCGCCAACAAAGCCACUGCUUACGAGGCGGCGACCGCCUUCCUGGGAGAAUGGGGACCUUUCCAGCGGCGGGUCUUUUUCCUCCUCAGCCUGAGCGUCGUCCCCAUUGGACUCACCGCCUUCUCCAUCGUGUUUCUGGCCGACACGCCGGAUCACCGCUGCGCGCUGCCCGCGCACCUGAACCUCAGCGCGGCGUGGAGGAACAGCAGCAUCCCGCUGGAGGAGGAUGCGAACCGCGACGGCGCUUUGGUGCCCAGCAAGUGCUCCAGAUACAAAGUGGAGAAUUUAUUGAAUUACUCGGAGAGAGGCUUGCUGCCUGGAGCCGACGUUAAUCUGUCUAAUGUGCCGAAAGAAGGCUGUCUGGACGGAUGGGAGUUUGACCACAGCGUGUAUACUUCUACCAUCGUCUCUGAGUGGAACCUAGUGUGUGAUGAAAGCUGGAAGAGGCCAUUGACGUCUUCCAUCUUCUUCGGUGGUGUUUUCACUGGCUCAUUAAUUUCUGGACAACUCUCUGACAGGUUUGGGAGGAAGAUUGUGAUGUUUGCCACCAUCGCCCUGCAGGCGGUCUCCAAAUUCAUUCAAGUGUUCUCUCCAAGCUGGAUCGUUUUCUGUGCUUUGUAUUUCAUUGUGGGGAUGGGCCAAGUUUCAAAUUAUAUUGUUGCAUUUGUUUUAGGAAUGGAGGUUCUGGGCCCUCGUACCCGAACACUUUUCUCCACGGCUGCGGUCUCUCUGUUCUUUGGUGUGGGCUACAUGCUUCUGCCACUGAUUGCGUUCUUCAUCACCGACUGGAGGAUGCUGCUGCUGGCCCUGAUGCUGCCCAGCUGCCUGUGUAUGCCUCUCUGGUGGUUCAUUCCAGAGUCUCCUCGAUGGUUGCUCUCUCAGGGGAGAACAGAAGAAGCCGAGGCCAUACUCAGAAAUGCAGCUGAAAUGAACAACAUUGAGCCUCCAACAGUCAUCUUUAGCUCCUUACAGAACAGAGUGAAGGCCAAGAAGAGGAGGCCCUGCAACAUCUGUGACCUGCUCCGUUCCCCAAACAUCCGCUGGAUCUCGAUCACGCUGUGGGUGAUCUGGAACACCAUCACCAUCGCCUACUUUGCCCUUUCCCUGAACACGGCGAACCUCAACGGAAACCCCUACUUCAACUGCUUCCUGUCCGCCCUGAUGGAGAUGCCAGCCUACGUUCUGUCCUGGGUUAUGUUUCGCUGGUGUUCCAGACGACUGAGUGUUUUCUCAUCACUCUCCUCAGGAGGGUUGUUUCUACUCAUCAUACAUCUCGUACCAGCACACCUAGCUGCUCUGUCCAUAACGUUUGAGAUGUUGGGGAAGUUUGCGGUGUCCACUGCCUUUGCCGUUGCGUACGCCUACACUGCAGAGCUGUACCCCACUGUGCUGAGGAACACGGCUAUCGGCGCCUGCUCCACGGCCUCCAGAAUUGGCAGCAUUAUUGCUCCAUACUUCAUUUACUUACGAACCUAUUCGGUCUCCCUGCCUUACAUCCUAAUGGGAAGCCUGACCGCUGUGGCAGGGUUGCUGAGCCUCCUGCUGCCUGAGAGCUUUGGAAUGCCGCUGCCGGACACAAUCAGUCACAUGCAGCAGUUCCCUGGAUGUUGUCAGAAGACACCAAACUCUAAAUAUGAGGAAAAAGCUGGGGAACAAAGGUCUCAGGUCAAGAGGAGCCGCCCUCAAAUCAAUCAGCAGCUAUGAAGUGCAGAAAUGAGAAAAUCCAUCUGAUCAGGGAACCAAACAGAAAAAAACAUUUUGAAUGAUUUUUUGUCCAACAUUUCCUUGAAAAUCAUUAACAUACCUGUUCCGUUCUCUACUGUGCAUUAUUGUUAUCAUUUCUCUCCAUUAAUACAACUUCAGCCAUAGCUGAUAAACUGAAAAUGAUGUAGCAGAAUAAACAGUUUAGAAAGUAAAGUUACUCAAAUACAGGUUACAGGUUUUACCUUAAAUUUCGGUUUUACAUACAACACUGUGAAAUUGUCAGAUUGUCUAUAUAAUUUCUGAUUUGAUAAGAGUCACAUGAACCUGUCCUCCUUUUUAGCAGUUCUCUAAUAAAUCAUGCAUUUUUGAAACUGUGAUUCAAAAAUGUACAUUUGACUGA